GACUUCUGAGCCCCGAGCCUGGCGGCAGUACGGCAGCCAUGGCGUCGCCCUUCAGUGGGGCGCUGCAGCUGACAGACCUGGAUGACUUCAUCGGGCCGUCUCAGGACUGCAUCAAGCCCAUGAAGGUGGAUAAGAGGCCAGGAAGUGGUGUGGCCAAGAUCCACAUCGAAGAUGAUGGGAGUUACUUCCAGGUCAGUCAGGAUGGAGGGACUCAGAAGCUGGAGAAGGCCAAGAUCUCGCUGGAUGACUGCCUGGCAUGCAGUGGCUGUGUUACCUCAGCGGAGACUGUGCUCAUCACUCAGCAAAGCCACGAGGAGCUGCGGAAAGUUCUAGAUGCCAAUAAGACGGCAGCCCCCGGUCAGCAGAGAAUGGUUGUGGUUUCUGUCUCACCCCAAUCCAGAGCGUCGCUGGCCGCAAGAUUUCAGCUGACCCCUACAGACACUGCCAAGAAGCUGACUGCAUUCUUUAAGAAACUCGGGGUGCACUACGUGUUCGAUACCGCCUUCUCAAGGAACUUCAGUCUCCUUGAGAGCCAGAGAGAAUUUGUGCAGCGGUUCCGAAGACAGGCCAACUCCACACAGGCCUUGCCUGUGCUCACAUCCGCCUGCCCAGGCUGGAUCUGCUAUGCUGAGAAGACGCACGGGAGCUUCCUCAUCCCUUACCUCAGCACUGCCCGGUCCCCACAGCAGGUCAUGGGCUCCCUGGUCAAGGACUUCUUUGCCCAGCAGCAGCAUUUGACCCCCGACAGGAUCUACCAUGUGACAGUGAUGCCCUGCUAUGACAAAAAGCUAGAAGCUUCCAGACCAGACUUCUUCAGCCAGGAGCACCAGACUCGUGACGUGGAUUGCGUUGUCACCACAGGGGAAGUCUUCAAGUUGCUGGAGGAAGAAGGGGUCUCCCUCUCGCAACUGGAGCCAGCCCCCCUGGACAGUCUGUGCAGCAGCGCAUCUGCCCAAGAGCCCACCAGCCAUCGGGGCGGGGGUUCUGGGGGCUACCUGGAGCACGUGUUCCAGCAUGCAGCCCGGGAGCUCUUUGGAAUCCAUGUGGAUGAGGUCACCUACAGACCCCUGAGGAACAAAGACUUCCAGGAGGUGACCCUGGAGAAGGAGGGCCGCGUCCUGCUGCACUUUGCCGCAGCCUACGGCUUCCGCAACAUCCAGAACCUGGUGCAGAAACUCAAGCGAGGGCGCUGCCCGUACCAUUACGUGGAGGUCAUGGCCUGCCCCUCAGGCUGUCUGAACGGCGGAGGCCAGCUCAAGGCCCCCAGCACGCCCAGCAAGGCGCUUCUCCAGCACGUGGAGAUGCUGUACGGCAUGGUCAGGACCGAGGCGCCGGAGGAGGUGCCUGGCGUCCAGGAACUGUACAGGUGCUGGCUGCAGGGCGAGGGCUCAGAGCGGGCUGGCCACCUGCUGCACACGAGCUACCACACAGUGGAGAAGGCCAGCUCCGGCCUCAGCAUCAGGUGGUAGGAGGCCUCCUCACAGGGCUGCCGGGCCCAGCACAGCCCGUACUGGGACGCCCAUGAAGCUCAUGUCCUGAGACCCCAGGGAUCGCCCCCAAAACACUGACUGCACUAACCCACAGAGAAACAGGACUCGGGACCCACAGUCAGGCAAGGUGACCUCCAGCCUGCCCUCACCCAGACUCCCCAGGGCAGGGGGCCAGAGGUCCCACAAGGUCCCAGAACCUCCCCAUGGGGCCAGGUCUGCGAGCAGUGUCCUCGCUGCUCCUGCCUGGAGACCCAGGUGAAGCCCAGUCCCGUGGGCAGCUUAAGGCAGAGCAAAAGUGGGACUCCUCAUCCCCAUUCCUGGAGUCACCCCUGAAGCUGGGUGUGCCAGGCUGGGGGCAACCCACCUGCCCUAGACAGAGAGAACGCUGGCCAGAGAGGGGCACCCAGCCCACUGAGCUCCAUGCUGGAGAUGGCGUACCUGCCCCACCUGGAACUGGGCAUUGAGGACGUUGUGGCCUCUGGGACCUGACAACAUGCAUUUCUGGGCAGAGUUCCAGGCGAGAAGCAGGCUCUGUUAGAAAGACCCUGUGAGAUCAGGCACUAAGUCCAUCUCCACAGCUGGGUUAUGGGGGUGGGGGAGAGGCAGAUCGGGGUGAGCCCACCAGGCCUGUUGUGACAGAGCUCCAAACCUAAUAAAAGGAUCUCUCUGAAAAUG